GCGGCGCACAACACUCUGAGUGAUCAACAAAUGCGAUUGAGAUGGAUUGUUCAUCCCUGUGGUUAUUCUGCCUCCUCGUAGCUACCGCAAACACCACACCAAACGAUAAGGUGAUGGACAUUUCCCCUCCGUUAGGAUACGACGCACUGGACUGCGGGAAAAGUGCGGUCAAAAUCAUCGAGACUUUUGGACCUGACUUCAGGAUAAGGACGAGCGAUGUCUCCUUGAGUCGAAAGAAGCGAAGUAAUUCACCCUUUGUGCCAGUGUCAAUAUCAAAGACGACGCCCGUUGAGCUUUUACCAAAUGAAGGAGGUCGUAAUAAGCGUGCUAUUAUUGGUGGAAUCAUAUCGACAAGAAACGCUUGGCCAUGGGUGGCACUAAUUGGGGAGCGAGACACAGCUGGUAUCAACUGGUUCUGCGGCGGGGCACUAAUUAAUGAAUAUUGGGUCCUCACGGCGCUCCACUGCUUCCACAACAACAAGGCCGAGGUAGUGCGUCUUGGCGAGCACGACUAUAACAAUAAUAAUGAUGGGGCUGACCACGAGGACAUUCCAGUGGCGGAUAAGAUAGAGUAUCCUGAUUACAUUUACCCACAGGGCUACCACGACCUAGCUCUGCUCAGGCUGGAACGCAAAGUCACACUGCAGGAAUUCAUCUUACCGGUGUGUCUUCCUUGGGGAAGCAAGAUCGAGGAGAACAUCGUGGAUAGCAAGGCAACAGUGAUGGGUUGGGGCCACACAUCGUUAGGAGGCUUCCUAAGUCCUACGCUGAUGGAGGUGGACGUGCAGGUGUUCCCUACCUCCAGAUGCAACAGCAGCUACUUCUCUCUCCCUCAUUACCCAGACCACUGGCCACGCGGCAUCGGGGAAGAAACACUGUGUGCCGGGGAUGUCGAGGGUGGCAAGGACUCCUGCCAGGGGGACUCUGGCGGACCUCUGGUCACUCGGGACAGCCGGGGGCGCUACGUGGCGGCGGGCGUAGUGUCGCAAGGCUACGGGUGUGGCCACAAGGACUAUCUCGGCCUGUACGUCAACCUGCGCCACCCAGCCUACCUUGCUUGGAUUAAGAGGGUGGCUUUCGCACCUUAGUGAGAGUAUCCCGGAGACAGUGGUGUGGGAGGUUUAGGGAGUCGCGGUAAGCGAAAGAGAACAUGUUUCCUUGCUUGAGCAUAAAUCCUAUUCAGGAUGUAGUUAUUGCACCUUAAUAUAAAAUGGUGAAUACCUACGUAUAAUGAAUUACUAUACUGAAGACUUUUGCCUUACACAUAAUGCCGGGAAACUUUUUUCAUCAGCAUUUAAACAAUAUGUACUAUACAUAUUUUAAUUUGUUUGAAAAGAAAGGAAGUGUAUGUGUGUGUGUGUUUGUGUGUGUGUGUGUGUGUGUGUGUGUGUGUGUGUGUGUGUGUGUGUGUGUGUGUGUGUGUGU